CUUUGAUUCAGUGGCAGUGGCUGAGACAACCCCAUUACCAGCCACCGUUAACCCGUGUAAUUACAAUCUUCGAUGAUACUCAAGAUCAACAGCUCACGGUAAAGAAAAGACAGAUUUCCCUGGAGCACAUCGGGUCUUUAUUACGUCUCUGCAGCCGAAAUCAAAGAAGACCGAGAAAGCAGGCUCUGUGCUGGAUGACCACAAAGUCGGAAGAUGCAUUGUGUGUCUGAUGAGAGCAAAAGAAGCCAGUCAAAGUCCGUCAGUGAACGCGUGACACAAAAAGGAGUACCUGCGAUGAAGAAACCCGCAAGAAGCUCCACUCGGUAAGAAGUGGAAGAGUGAUAUUCAGAGAGAAAAACCAGACAGAAGAGAGUGGAGGCCAGAGAACAAACACCAGCACGUCCUCAAAUGAUGGGGAUAAAGCACCUUCUGCUUCUUUUGAUUUACUUAGACCCGCUGAAUGUCCUGUGCGCCGCCACCACCAACAAAAAGAGCAAAACCCCGCCGAGGAGGAACCCAAAGGUGAAGGAGGUCAACGGCAGCACCACUGCGGUCCCGGCGGCCGCGGCCAUCCCGGGGAGGAUCACCCAGGUCCAAGCUCCCUCGGUCGGCGUCGUCCAGCACGACACCUGCCUGGGCUACUACGACGUGAGCGGGCAGUACGACAAAGAGUUCUCGUGCAACAACACCGACCACCGCUUCUGCUGCGGCAGCUGCUUCCUCCGCUUCUGCUGCGCGGACCGGGGGAAGCGGCUGGAGCAGAAGAGCUGCACCAACUACAACACACCGGACUGGAUCAAAACCCAGCCCCCUUCACCAGCGCCAACAGGUGAUACUUACGACCCGGAGCUGGACCGGACCAACACCACGGUGUACAUCACCUGCGGGGUCAUAACGCUCAUCAUUGCCAUUGGGAUUUCUGUUAAAGUUGCCUAUGAUAAAGCCACCAAGCCCCCUCAGGAAAUGAAUGUGCACAGAGCCCUGGCAGACAUUCUGAGGCAACAAGGACCGGUUCCGAUAUCUCAAUAUGACCAUGAAAACAGUGCAGUGAUUGAUGGGUCACCCAAAGACGAGACGCCAGUCAGAACUUUGAAGAAUCAUUACACACCUGUUCACACCAAGGCAUCAAACCACGGGCACUAUGGGAAAGAAAACCUGCGCAGUGGAGGCCAAGACAUGCACAACUUCAUCUCCUCGGGAUUUGUGACACUCGGACGAGGCCACUUGAAAGCGCAGCAAUCCAUAGACGAAUCGGGGCAGAUGUCCUGGCAGGGCGAGCUGGACAUCCCCAUCUCUUACGGAAACCACCACCAUGACUACCAGCACAGCCACCUGGAUCUGACUGCACUCACACCUAAACUGGAGAGACCCCAGCGGAUGAACAACAUCCUGACCUCAGCGACGGAGCCCUACGACCUGUCGCUCUCCAGAUCCUUCCAGAACCUCAGCCAUCUGCCGCCCUCCUACGAGCUGGCCCUCAAGUCUGACUUAAGUGAUAAGGACGUAGAUGAAUACUACACAAGGAAGCAUCACCAUCAUGACUUUGGUGGCCGGGGUCCGACCCACAUGGUGAAGCUGAAUGCAGAUCCCCAGCAGCACCAGCAGCGGCAGCGUCCCCACCGCGUCCAGAGGGCCAUGUCCCAGGACCAUGUCCUGUCUCCUCCCAGGACACCACGUCGCGGAGACUACGGUCUGUCUUCAUACGGUGUCAUGGCAGCUGCCGCGUACGGGAGCAGCCGCCACCUCUCAGAGGAGCAGCUACUGUCGGCGGACCGCCUCCACUCCCAGGAUCCCUUACUGUCCCCUGCGAUGCGGCGCGACAAGUUCCGGGAGAAGGCCAUGGCACGGGCGAUGUCUCACGCCGACAUGCUAAUGCCCACCACGCCUGUCAUGGACCGCCACAAGAUGACCAAGAUGCACUCUCAACCCAGUGCCUCUAACGACUCCUACAACACGCUGACGGUCAACCACCAAGUGUCCACGUCUAAGAGGCAGGCAUUUGCCUCCCGACGAACACACACGGUGGACCACCUACAGUACAUUCCCGGCCACCACCACACAUACCGCACUGCCAGUAAGAACGAGGUAACUGUUUAACUGCAGAGCGGCUGGCCGAAGGAUUCCUGCAACGCACCACGGACGUCAACAGAAAUCUCCAAAAAUCAGCAAGUUUCUUCAGCAGAGGUGUUCUGUCUUCUUGUUAAAACAACCUCCUACAUUAAAACUCUUCCUGCUUUUUAGCACAAGCUUCCUGUGUCAUCCAGAUUUUGGGUAACUAGAAUCAACACUGGCAAAGACAUUUCUCUCUUAGAGCAUCAUAAGGGCUUUGCGCAUUGACACAAAGAGGGAUCCUUCAUGUCAGAUGUUUGACAGCGUGAAGAAAAUAUUUUUUAAACUGGACAUGGGACUGAAAGAGAAUUGUAUUAACUUUAUAAAUAUAUAAAUAUACUAUAUUUACUAUUUGUAUUUUCAGUCCUUGUUAUAGCUUUAGAGAUUCUCAUUGAACGUGACUGAUGUAAGCACUUCAAGUGGUGCCUCUUAAAAUUCGUCCCAUUUCAACGAUGAAGUGGAUUUGUGGGUUAAAAAGCACAAUUAAUGACUUCCCUUUUUUGGUUUAUUUUACUCUUCUUCUUUGAUAAACGGCCAGAACAUAUCAGCUUAUUAGUGAAAACAGAGGCUAUUUCUGUUGCAUACAAUAGAUGAUUGUAAAUAGGCUAUAUUAGCAGCAUUAAAACAAGAAAAGCUGGCCCUUUGGCAUUAUUGUUUUUUUUAUUUUAGUUUUUUUCUCCCACCUGGAAUCUAUCAUGGAUUCUCAAUUAAUAGAUUUAACUUUAGAUAAGGCAAAGUUCCCAAAUUAAUAUUAUUUCCACAGAUGUCUCCAAAACAUGUGGACAUAAUAUGUAUAUGGGAAAUUUUUUUUUUUCUUUUCUAACUGUGCUUGUAGCAUAGAAUGAUUGUGUAUGAAACGACGUUUUACCACUGUCGAACGGCAGCUUCAGUCUGCAGGUGAAAAUGAAAACCUAAUGGUUGUUUGAAUUAGCUUAAAUUCUGUUCACACAUUUCCUUGCUUUCUCACCUACGCCCGCCCUGCUCUGUUUGUGAUUGGCCAGCUGAGAAGGUCCGGUGGUUAGUUUUGUGUGUCGAUAUGUUGGCAGAAACAAUCAGCACUAAAGAGGACGUCAUCGUCAUCAUAAUCGCUAGUCAAUCAAGCAUUAAUUAAAACUGUGAACUGUUUCCCUACAUGUUUUCAUUAAAGCAAUGCCUUAUUGUAUGGAAUCCCAUAUGCUCUUAAUUGAACAAUCAUGCUUUUGCCACAUGUCUCGGCUUUUGUGCAAUAUAUUGAUCAUGACUUACCAGCAGAACCAGCAGUAAAAACCUGUAUAGUGUUAGAUGAUACAGUACAUAUACCUCAAAAUCUCUCAAUAAAUUCAAUUGAAGGAAUCUACAUUUUGAAAGGAAAACAAUCAAUAGCUGGAUAUCAUUCAUAUUGGGAAUUUGAUAAAUUAUUUGCAUUAACUGAAUUUGCUUUGUUUAAGGUUUAUGAGCUCAUAAGUAGGUGCUCUUGUUCUCAACAGCUCAGUCAGAUUGACUGGAGAGUACAGGUCUUCACUCGGUUCCUAGUAAUUGAGGCCGAAUCCCGCGGAGUCAAAAUUAUAUUCAGUCUAAUUGGGUUGGUAGGGUCCCGUUGCAUUGCCCCAGGUCUCGGGGAUGUCCAUCAAUAUAUCUAAUACCCCAGUGGAUCCUAAUGGAUUCUCUAUCAGCUCUGAUCUCAUGGUGCGUCAUUAAUCAUCACAGAAAAUGUGUUUUUUGAGGCCGAUGGAGACGAGAAAGAAACGACACAUAUCACUGCUGUCUGUUAAUUAGUGGAACAUCAUUCUGCUGCAACAAAGUCACCAGUAAGUCUCAAGACUUGGCGAUGAAGUUCCGAUACAAGUCCCAAGUCAAGGCAUUUAAAUCCCAAGUCAAGACCCAAGUCAAGACAAUUGAGUUUCAAGUCCUAGACAAGUGUAUUACUUGUCUGUCUGCUGGUGCGCGUUGCCAACCACACCUUUCCUUCUGCUCUCGCAAUGCGAUUGGCGUGAUUUGAAGCAAAUCGGUUGAACAUGAACGAUUGAUUCGGUGCAAACUUUGUGCAAAAUUAUUUUUCAUCCUUGAGAUAAGGAGGAUUCCAAGUCAUUCCACGUGCGAAGGCUGAAGUCCAAGUGAAUUCACGAGUCAUUGGUGUUAAAGUCCGAGUCUAUUUUGAAGUCUGUUUGGAUUUUGUCGAGUCUGAGUCAAAUCCACACCCCUGCUGCUGCGUCAUGUCUAAUUAUCCUUGAGUCUGUUCAGAUUGAGCCUCUUCUUUUUGUUUUUCAUUCAUUUGUUUGUUUAGAUAGAUUUUCCGUAGGUCUGUUUCGGAUCCAAUAUUUUGGACUUAUGAAGACCUCCACUGUAGAGUCCAAAGACCAUGACAGUACAGUAUGUGUGUCAAAUGUUUGAGAGUCAAAAACAGUCUUAAUACUAAAAUCUCUCUGUAGAUUUACAAGAAACAUAAUAGUUCCCAUUGAGAAAUUAUAAAUUCAAUGCACUGUCCAUUUCCAAAACAGAAUUAUAAAUUUAUGGGUAUCUCUUUGUGGCAACAUUAAUCAGAUUAUAACCUGAAUUUAUUGUCAUCAGGAACAUUGCUGUUUCUAUCAUAUCUAUUCUAGAUAUUUGAGUUGUAGUCUGCUGUAUAUAAAAACUUGAAUACAAUGUUAUUUGUGAUUGGAACUGCAAUGUCUCAUUACACAUAAAUCUCUGAUUUAGUUGGACUAGGCUUAUGUCAUGUUGUACAUGUUUUCUUUAGUUGACUAUCUUAAUUUUUAUAACAAUAAAUUAAAGCUUGACGACCUUGUAGGGAUGUGGAAAGUUGGCCAAAUGUAUCUUGAGUUCAACAAAUUCAUUUCUUUAACUUGAUGUGCUGUUUUAAUUUUUUUCCGUCAGGUCUGCAUUAAAUGAUGUCAAUUAGAAAUUGUCCCUUUUUUUUUUCUUAAAUUAUUGUCUUUGUACAUAUGGUAUGGUUUUCUUUACUGUUCUUGGAGAGUGUUUGCAGGUAAUGAAGUAUAUUUGAUAGCUAUGGGUGGGGUAUGGGUGUUAAGUGUUUAGUAGACUGCUUCAGACAAGUAUCUGUGUCCAUCCAACUAAUCUUCACAAACUUCUGCUCCUUCUUUUCACUUAAUUAAUAAUGAUGUCAUCCCGAGAGCCUUUUUCUCUAUGUGCAAUAUUUCCUAUUCAUGCAGCAUAACUCUAUAGCUACUAACUCUUUUUAAAAAUGUUGUGAGGUUCAUUUGCUGACAUAAAGGCUUUGUUGUCCUUUUGAUUUAGGACUGUAUUGUCUUUCAUAGUCGGAAAGGAGUGGGUUUUUUUGUUUGUUUGUUGUUUUUUUUUCUAAUACAGCUUAAUGUGGUAUGAAUGAAAAAGGUGUCUGUGUAAUUGCACAAAUAAUUGGAGACUAAUUUAAAGGCUUCAAAAAUGACAAAAUACGACUGUUCCUGUGCAUU